UUGCAAUUAAUAUUUUGUCUCAGGAGGUGGGAUUCUAAUCGCCACACCUAGGUCCUUGCUUGUUGCGUUAGAGGAUGGUUAUACUAACGUCAGAAGGGUCACAUAUCUUGUGUUGGAUGGCGCUGAUUGGAUGCUAGAAAAACAAAACAUGGGGUUUGGGUCUCAAAUACAAGACAUUGUUUCUAAGAUUCACCCAGACUGUCAAAUAUUAUUGUUGGGUACUAGCUGGUCAAAGGAGGUUGAUAAACGGGCAAACCGGUUCCUUUACAACGCAUGCAAUGUUACAAUUGUUUCUCCACCUCUGAAACCUACACAUCCGAUCGACCAAACUGUUUACGUCGUUACUGAAGAUCAGAAAUAUAACAAAUUGGUAGAGUUGCUAGGUCGUAUAGUGGAUGGCAGCAGAAUACUGAUAUUCAUGGAUAUAAAGGAAGGAUGCGAAAAACGUGAUCAGUUUGCCCUGCAGCUUUAUAGGGACGGUCAGCAUGCAGUCUCGCUUCAUGAAAACAAGGGUCAAGCGGAAAUGGCCCGGAUUGUCUCUGAGUUUCAAGCUGGCAGGAUCCCCAUAAUGAUUGCAACAGAUGUUGCUGCUCGUGAUCUAGAUCUGAAGGAUGUGAAAUAUGUUAUCAAUUACGACUUUCCAGUGUCCCUUGAUGAUUAUGUUUACCGCAUUGACCGUGCUGGAAGUGCCGCAGCAAAAGGAACAGUAUUCACGUUCUUUACAACUGCUAAUGCUGUAUUCGCAGAGGAACUUAUUAUCUUACUCAAGGAAGCUGGACAGAAGGUUAGUUCUGAAUUGGAACAACUGGGGCGUGAUGUACCAUAUCCAGGAACCUACAUACCUGCACCGUGGCGGUGGGCGGUUAACCAUUACGUAACUUUGCAUUUGCAUAUAAGACAAUUAGAUAAUGGCAUGCACCAUCUAUUGGAGCUGGUCAUUUCUUUCCGUUGUAUCUGCAUUGUUCUAAGACCAAGGAUAUUGCCAGUAACGUCUGUUGUGCGGAAGCGUCAAAUAUGA